GUGGAAGUGACAGUCCGCCACUGCCGUAGCCCGCCGAUUGCUCGUUGAUUUUUCGAUUUCACUGCGGCAGCUGUCAUUUCAAAGAUCUAAGUGCGAGUUAGAAGAGAAGAAUUCGUUUUUUAUUGAAGAAUUUAGUAGCGAACUACUUUAAAUAGUGACGAAAUUCAACAGCGUGUGAACAGAUAUCAGUACUUGUACUGAGUGUAGUGAUUGUGUGUGCAUUUUCUUGGGACAAAUAGAAAAUAGUCUGCAAUGAGUCUAUCGGAGUCUACCGCCUUGGUUGACUCGCUAGAGUUUGCCGGUACCAUGCUGGAGCGUCAUGACAUUGCGGACUGUUCAACGCCUGGUCUGUUGGAAGUAACUGGUAUACGGCAGUCAGGCGUUGCAACAGCAAGCGGACUAAAUGAUUUUGACUAUCAGAAUUUGUCCAGUCUGUCCUUGGGGUUGAAAAAUUUAAACCAACUAUCGACGGCGAAUAAGAUCCCAAUUCCUCCAGAGAUAAUGGAACAUUUCAAACAUAUAAAAUGCCACUGUAUGAUGGGGUUAUUUCCGGAAAUUGGACGGGCUUGGUUGACCAUUGACUCAGAUAUUUAUAUUUGGACGUACGAGCAAAGCAGAGACGUUGCUUAUUUCGACGGGUUAUCCCAUCUGAUUGUGAGCGUGGGUUUGGUGACACCCAAGUCGGGCGUUUUUAUUGCCGACGUGAAAUAUUUGUUGGUGCUGACUACACCAAUUGAGAUCGUUAUUCUGGGGGUGACUUUUGGUGAUUCUAAUGCUUCCCCCAAUCGUUCAAUCAUGUCUUCCACCGAAGAGAUGCAGUUACUUAAUAAACCAAUAUUUGUGCUGAAUACGGAUAACAUUGCCAUUACCUGUAUCGAAGGAAACGCAGACGGUCGGAUAUUUCUGGGUGGUCGGGAUGGUUGUUUGUAUGAGAUUUCUUAUCAAGCUGAAUCGAAUUGGUUUGGAAAACGUUGCAAAAAGGUGAACCAUUCUCAAGGGCUUAUGUCCCAUCUAGUUCCUGGAAUAUUCAAGGUUUUUUCAGAGAAUGAUUCUAUUUCAAAAAUUACUAUUGACAACUCACGCAAACUGUUAUACACUUUAACCGAAAAAGGAGCUAUAGAAGCCUGGGAUGUUGGAGUGGAUACCAACUCCGUUAGACGAAUCGCUAGGAUUUCCCAAAACGAUAUCGCUUCCAGUGCGGCAAAUAUUCUGCGUACCAUUGAACCAUCUAUUUUCAAGCCUGUCACCGCCUUGUGUCCACUUUCGAUGGAAGAUUCUCCACAGUUUCAUCUAAUAGCCAUAACACAAACGGGUGUACGCUUCUAUUUUUCUACGGUUCCUGUUUUGUUCGGUGUCCAACAACAACAGCAACAGCCAGGAUCACCAGUGUUUGAGCAGCGACCACAAGGGCUCUACUUAUUACACGUUCGUCUUCCACCGGGUUAUACACCGAACACAACCGUCGGGAAGCCAAAACAAGUACAUUCUGCUUUUUACAGUCAAGGAUCUUUACUAAUGGUGUCGACUCCGCAAGCUGAUCAAGAUUUACUCUGGUCGCUCAGCUCAGAACCGUUUCCAUCCAGACAGAACCUAGUGGAAUCAUCGACCGUAAUGACCAUGGAUGGGCAGGUUUGGGCAAUUGCGGAAGUAAAGCCUAAAGAUAAAGUAACAGUAGAGACACCACUCCGCGCUGCUCAAGUUCCCAACAAGGUUGCACUGUUGACAAAUCAAGGCGUACACAUUGUUUCUCUGCUCAAAUCAGUGGAUAUUCUCCAGCAACUGUUGCUUUCUUGCCAUGGUCCGCACAACGAAGCGGUCAAAGCGUACUUUCAAGUGCAAACUGAACCACAAGCAUGUGCUACUAGUCUACUUUUGGCAUGUAUCGAAACUUUUAAGGGAACUGAACUUGGAGACUGGGCCACACAGGCUUUUAUUUUGUAUGGCGGUGAACCGUAUUUCGAGGUCGGAGCUUAUAUGGGUGGACAUUCAACGGCUACAAGGCCGCUGAGCUUUAAUUCGCCGGCAAGUGGAUUUGUUGAGUCGCAGCCCGGUGGACCCCGGAUGUACAUGUCAACGCCGUUUUCUGCAGCUAGGCCAACAUCAUCAGUUCAGCCGAAUAUAAUGCAACAAACGCAGUACCCUGGUGGCUCGAUGUCUUCUCCAAUGAGCCACAGUUUCAACAAUAACCUACCCAUGUCAACAGAUUCGUCUAAUUUUCAUUAUUCCGCAAAACAUGCCGGCUUAUAUCUGCACAUGUCUCGGUUGCUUCGGUCCAUUUGGCGAAAGCGCUGCAUCGACGAAAAGUUACACACCACAAUCAGUCAACAGGAUUGUGCCCAAAUUCUGGAGGAUUUGUAUGCCAUCAAGCGAUUCCUGGAAUCAAUUACAUUAUCCAAUCUAGUUGGACUGAUCGGAAAAAACGUAACCAAUGCUGGCACUGUAGGAUGCCCACCCGGAGGCUACCUUCAACAGCAACAACAACAACAGCAGCAUCAACAUGCCAUGUCUAUGUUAUCUCCGGGCCUCGGCAGCGGGAUGCAAGGUUCGUACGGUCAGCAACAAUAUGGUAGCCAGAAUAUAUUCUCCGGGGGCUCGGUUCAACAGAAGAAUACGGUCGAAGAAGCAUUGGCUGAAGAGAAAAAAUCUUUGGAUGCAUUAAUUCGUUUGAUUAAGCACUCUUGUGAAGUUUUGGCUUUAUGGAAGAUUCUCUGCGAACACCAGUGUCAUUUGUUGAUAUCCAAGCUGAGUAAAGAACAACAAUCAGUACUGCAGUCCUGCACCUUCCGAGAUCUAAUCCUAUCACGCUCGGAUCUGUGCGGGCUACUAAUUGUCACAUUGAUCAACUCUUAUCUGAAUGACAAUGCUAGCGUGGGAUCAAUUUCAUCAAAGCUGCGUGAAGUUUGUCCAAAUUUGUACCGCCAUGAGGACGCUGUUUCACACAAAGCAGCCGAAAUUUUGCUGCUCUCAAAGACCUGCAAUGAUCCUGACGAGAAGGACGAACGUCUCAAAACUGCCCUGCAGUUAUGCAAAAGUGCUGCGCCAAAUCUACCAUUAUCUUCCAUUUGUCAACAAUUCACCAUUGCUGGAUUCUACACUGGUGUUAUCGAGCUUUGUUCGAUUUGCGCUGCGAAGAGUGACUCGAACGAUGCUGCGUUACAUUUCUACCGGAACAAUGAACCUGUUGAAGAUCAGGAAGGUUUCAUGGCGUUCCAAGGCCGAAUGAAUUGCUACAAGGAGAUUAAACUUAUGCUCGAGCAUGUUUACUCUAAUGUGUGCAAUAGUAAAACGACCAGCAUCUAUCCUUCGCUGGAGAGUGUCGACCGGGACAAGCUGGCUAAUACUCAGCUGAUUUCAAUAAUUAGCCUAUCACUACAAUGCCAGGAUCAAUUGCUGCACAUUGCCGUAUACGAGUGGCUGCUGUCCCGUAAUCUUUUAGGAGAAUUACUUGAAAUAGGCGAACCUUCGUUAGGAGCCUUCCUUGGGAGAGCGGUAAACCGAACGCCAGAUAACCUGGUGCUAGCAGAUUUGCUCUGGAAGUACCAUGAACGCAACGGUCAGCAUGCAGCUGCUGCGAAAAUUCUCGAUAAGCUAGCAAACAUUCCGAGCGAAUCAAUAUCCUUACAGCAACGAAUUGAGUAUCUUGCCCGUGCUGUUAUGUGUAUGCGAAGUGACACCGUCGGUUAUUCGGCUCACAAUGGCGUUUUGCUUAAGGAUCUAGAGGAUAAGCUGGAAGUUGCUCAAAUACAGAAGCAAAUUUUCGACGCCAUGUCCAUAAUUCCUGAUAAAAGCUUAACACAGGCGGCAUUGCGGAUGCUCAAUUCCACAUUGUACAACCUGACUCAGCUGUAUUCGGAUUUCGCCGAACGUUUCGAGCUAUGGGAGUGUAAACUGACCAUCUUGAACUGUUCGCAUCAUAACGAUCCGCUACUGAUCGAAUCCGUUUGGACGCACAUUCUGGACAAAGAGCUGGAAAAGCCGGACAGUAACACCGAACGUUGUCGCAGACUGCUGUCCAAAGUAAAAAGUCUAGCGCUGGAAUAUGAAAGUUCUGGUCACUGCUUUCCGUUGUCGUUCAUCGUACGGGAGCUCGAGCUUAGAUGCUUUCGCUUGAAGUUAUUUGAGUCUCCUGUCCCGGAAGCGUUAAUCGAGAUGAAUUUGGACAUUGAUGCGUUGCUCAAUAUUUACUCAAGACUUAUCUCAAUGAACGAGCGCGUUUGGGUCACGGACGAAGAUGAACUAUAUCUAGUUCGAUCAACAGCAAAACUACUGUCGAUAGUAGCCUCCCAGCCGAAUUUGGUGCCGCUAAAAGAUCGCCGGAAGGUGAUAGCCAAAUCGCAGGACCUCAUAUCCGCUUGUUUAAGCAUACUGUACACCAAACCGGAUGGCCAGGCACACGUGGAUAAUCUUCGCGAUACGCAGUCUAAGCUGAAUCGAAUCCACUGCUAGCAGGUGGCGCGGUUUUCAACGAGCCUAUGACUGCUGUAGCUAUAGUAGGAUGGUCUGCUACUGCGUUUGCUACACUAUUGUUGUACUGCCCUUUACUGUUAAUUAAAGCUUGUGUUAGCUCUGUCACAAUAUAUUUGUUUGCAAUUAUUGCAAGAUAUUGUAUAUUUAGCGCACAGUAGUUUGUUGCACAUUCAGGAGGAAAGUAUACAAAUAUAGUAACGCCUGUUUUAUAAUGACAAACUGAACUCGUAAUAAAUGGAAAUUCUGAUCCAAA